AUGUCAACAUCAGAGAACACAACAACAGUUAUAGUCCAUGAAGCUAUAAAUGAAGAAUAUGAGUGGGUUCAGUUUAACAAACAACUCCGUCUCAUUCGUUCGGUCAAAGACGAUAUGUACCAAAUGCAAAGUAUUUUGACAGCAUGUUUUGCACCAGAUACUAAGAAACCACAAGACUGGUUUAGGAACCAAAGCACACAAGAAUUUUUGAGCGAAGCACAGCGAGACAUACUUUUUUCUGAAAACAGUGAAGAACAGCGAGUAAGUAAAAAAUCUUACUCGCCUAAAACUCAUGAAAAUCGUGAAAAAUUGCCAAACGGUUUGAGAGGAUAUUAUGUACAUAGACUUCUUGUAAAUGCUGUUGCAAUGUGGGCUUCACCUCGUUAUGCUUGGUAUGUUUGUAAACUUCUUGACGAAAUUCAUAGACAAGAACGUGAAGAGCUAGAGAACAAGCUUGAAGCAAAAGACAAAAGCAUUCAGAAAAGAAUACCGCGUUCGGUACCAAAAGGAAAGGAAAAGAACUAUAAGUAUAUGAUUUAUACUGAAGAGAUGGAAAAUGAAGAAGACAGAGAUAUGGUUAUGUUGCAUUUAGUCAGAAGAAACAACAAAAGCUUUUACGACCUUGCUAAGAUUUACAAAUCUGACAGAAAUUGGUUCUAUCGCGAAAACUUACCGAUUUCAAUGACCCCAAAUGAAGAUGUGAAACAAAUAGUUCAAGAUACGUUACCUCAAACACACUAUGAUAUGAAAGGUUGUACAAUUCUUACCUUCAAAGAAGAUUUGCCGCUACUGAAAGAAAAAAAACAGAGUAUUUUGACAACUUCAAACAAGCAGAGUAAAUUUCAAUCUUUAUUUUUCAAGCUUGACACCAAAGAUGGCUCAGGUAGCUCUAUAA